AUGGCUUCGAGCAGCGGUAGCAAAGUUGGGGUAGAAGGCUCGAUCCCACAAAGUAUGACAUCUCGUGCUCCGACGUAUCACCUGAUGGCCAGGCCUGCGUUUGGUGCCGAAGGACGACGCAUCCGUCUGUUUGCGAAUCAUUUCGAUGUCAAACUCACCAUGCCCGAUGCAGUUUUCUAUCAAUACACUAUCACUGUAACACCUCACGACGUAAGGGAUAAGAACGCUGCACAAAGUAAAGUGUAUGGGCGAAAGAUCGUGAACAGACUGUUCGAGAUCUACAGUGAAGAGUUGAAGAACAAGCGAUUUGUUUAUGAUGGUGAGAGAAGCUUGAUCACUAUCGGCCCUUUGCCACAGAAUAACUUUGAGUUGACAGUCGUCUUAGAAGAUUCAUCGGCCAGAGCUACUGCCGGAGGUGCCGGCGACGGCAGCGCAGUUGGAGGAGACCAGAAGCGGUCUAAACGAUCAGGUUUUAUGAAGACAUUUACAGUGGCGAUAAAGUUUGUUGCAGUGUUUCCUAUGAGGUCUAUUGCACUCGCACUUAGAGGCAGCGAGAGAGAGGACGGUCAAAGUGCUCUGCGAGUACUCGACAUCAUUUUAAAGCAACGACAGGCGGAAAGGGGUUACCUCGUUCUCAGGAACUGUUACUUUGAUGGCAAUCACACACACCUUGUUGACGUGGGUGGUGGUGUAUGUGGAGGCCGAGGAUUCCACUCCAGCUUUCGCACCACCAAUGGCGGCCUCUCACUAAACAUAGAUGUUUCCACCACGAUAAUCGUAAAAUCUGGUCCUGUUUUGGAGUUUUUACUGGCCAACCAAAACAUACAAGAUCCUCGACGAAUUGACUGGGAGAAGGCCAAAAGAAAGCUGAAGAACAUGAAGAUUAAGACCAUACACAACAAAAGGGAGUAUAAGAUUACUGGGAUGAGCAAACUGCCAUGCGACAUGCAGACGUUUUCCAUGAAAGAAAGGAACAGCAAAGGCGAAACUCGAACGGUGGAGAUGACGGUGUAUAACUUUUUUCAGAACAUCCGUAAGAUAACGUUGACUCGGUCAGCCUCUCUGCCAUGUCUUGAUGUGGGCAAACCGCAGCGGCCAAUUUACCUCCCGAUCGAGCUUUGCCACCUUCUUUCCCUGCAAAGAUAUACCAAAGGAUUGUCUUCUCAACAAGGAGCUUUGCUGGCCGAAAGGUGUAGACAAACGCCGCAUGAAAGAAUGAGACUAAUAGCAGAUUCAUUAAACGACAAUCGAUAUGAUAAAGAUCCAUUGCUCAAUGCUUGUGGUGUUUCCAUCGAUAAGCGAAUGACAAAGUUGACUGGGCGCGUUCUUAAUUGUCCAGUGUUGAAGGCCGGUAACAUGGAAGACUGUAUUCCUCGUAAUGGGCGAUGGAACUUCGUCCACAAGACACUGUUGGAACCCUGCGAACUUCUUCAUGAUCAAUGGGCGAUUGUGAACUUCUCUGGUCGUUGUGAUUUGCGGCAUCUGUCACGGGAGCUCAUUAAAUGUGCAAGGAACAGAGGAAGUAACAUCGAGGAACCAUCUGUGUUUCUUGAAGAGGACCGGGAAUGGAUGAGAUCUGAUCCUAUAGUGAGAGUUGAAAAGAUGUUUAAGAAGAUAGAGGCAAAAUUUACAGGACCUCCUCGAUUUAUUCUGUGUGUCUUGCCGGAGAAGAAAACCUGUGACAUUUACGGACCUUGGAAGAGGAAAAGCCUCUAUCAAUUCGGCAUCGUCACUCAAUGUAUCGUUCCUCCAAAGAACAUUAGGGACCAUUAUUUGACCAAUGUCCUCCUUAAAAUCAAUUCUAAGCUUAGUGGCAUCAAUUCUCUACUUUCCGUCGAGUGUAAACGUAGCAUCCCCCUUAUCAGCCAGACUCCUACCAUGAUUCUGGCGAUGGACGUUUCUCAUGGUCCUCCGGGUUCAAGCUUUCCAUCUGUUGCAGCGGUGGUCGGUUCGAGGCAUUGGCCAUUGAUAUCGAGAUAUAGAGCAUCCGUAAGAAUUCAAUCUCCUAAAUUGGAAAUGAUCGAUUCUUUGUAUAAGCCCGGAGAAAAUGGAGAUGAAGGAAUGCUUAGGGACCUGUUGCUCGACUUCUACAAAACAAAUGGAGGAAUGAAACCUGCUCAAAUGAUCAUCUUCAGGGAUGGUGUCAGUGAAUCCCAGUUCAUGGAAGUUCUGACUGUGGAGCUAAACCAAAUCAUCAAGGUGUUUGAACAUCUAGGUGAUACUACUAUGCCCAAGUUCACUGUCAUUGUGGCACAAAAGCAGCAUCAUACGAGGUUUUUUCUUGCUGAUAGCCCCGAAAAUGUCCCACCGGGGACCGUCGUCGACACCACGGUGGUUCAUCCAAGGAACUACGAUUUCUACAUGUAUGCUCACGGAGGAAUUCUCGGAACUUCAAGGCCGAUCCACUACAAUGUGUUGCUUGAUGAGAUUGGGUUUAAGCCUGACGACCUACAGAAGCUUGUUCAUGCGCUUUCCUACGUGUACCAGAGGAGCACCAGUGCAGUGUCGAUGGUGGCGCCUGUUUGCUACGCGCAUUUGGCGGCUAGGCAGCUGUCGCAGUGCUUCGACCUGUCCGAGACUUCCGGAGAUGAACUUCCGAUAAGAGCAGGCGUUCCCCAGCUUCCAGAGCUGCAUGAAAAAGUUAGAAGCUCCAUGUUCUUCUGCUGA